AUGACCCGUGAAGUGGAAGUAGAUACAUUGGCUGAAAGUAAUAUACCUCCCAGCUCUACAGCUGCCGCUAAUCGCUGCGCCACGGCCCCCCAAGGUACAAACGCAGUCUUAGCGCCAGUCAAUGUGGGGGCCACAGAUAGAUCAUCAUUGCCGGAAAUUGAUGGCCUAAGCAAGGAAACAGUUCUCACAUCCUGGAUGGCAAAAUUUGACAUUAUACUUAAAGGUACCGGCGAAGAAGACUCAAAACGACCCCCACGAAUGCAACAAUCUCUGAACAGUGAAUUGAUCUUGUCAAAGGAGCAAUUAUAUGAUAUGUUCCAACAGAUAGUAAGCGUUAAAAAAUUUGAACAUCAAAUACUUUUUAACGCAUUAAUGCUGGAUUCAGCCGAUGAACAAGCAGCCGCAAUUCGUCGCGAGCUAGACGGCAGAAUGCAGCGAGUUAGUGAAAUGGAAAAAAACCGAAAAUUGAUGCCUAAGUUUGUGCUUAAGGAGAUGGAAUCUCUUUAUGUUGAAGAGUUAAAAUCGUCUAUAAAUCUAUUGAUGGCGAAUUUGGAAUCUUUACCAGUAUCUAAAGGAAAUAUGGAUAGCAAGUACGGAUUACAAAAGCUCAAACGCUAUAAUCAUAGCACUCCAUCAUUUCUGAAGAUGGUAUUGCGAUCACAUGGAUCACUUUCAAAAUUGGAAGGUGACACAGAUGAGGGUAUAACGCAACUGACGAAAUUAGAUGUUGUGCUCUCUUUUCAACUGGAAGUAAUCGUCAUGGAAGUAAAGGGACUUAAAUCGCUAGCUCCUAAUAGAAUAGUUUAUUGCACUAUGGAAGUGGAGAAUGGUGAAAAACUGCAAACGGACCAGGCUGAGGCUUCGAAACCAAUAGAACGUUAA